UGUUCAGAUACGGCCACGACCACAAGAGAGACGUGUCCAGGACAGUGUAGAUGUUGUUUCUAUAGUGAGUUUUAUUAUUGUGCCUCGUCUACGUCUGUGUUUGAACUAAAACAAUAAAAUAUAGUGUGAAGAAGAUAAAGUUUGUCAAUAGAAAAGUAGAAUAGAUAAAUGAUGAAAACAAAUUUCGACUACGGAAUGUGGAAGAAGUGAAACAGUAUAUAGACGAUACACUAUGAAGUACCGACUUGAAUGAUGAUGAUAAGAAUUUCUGUGAAAAAGAUCUGAGAGACAUUGGCUUAAUGUUCUUGUUCCAACAAUAUUUUCUGACAAAAAGAGAAUCAUCAGAUUUUGGAAAUUGGCUGUGUGGCUAUUCGAAUAUCCUGGUUCAGCUGACCUUUUGGCAGCGCUUGGAACAAUGAGCGUGUGGGUAUGUCUGAUGAUAUGGGCGUGUGUUGGGCAGGUGGUAUGGGUGUACCCAUCCCAGAAGCUGAAAGUGGGCGUGAAUGCUCCUUAUUGUGAGCACAGGAACCCCACCCUCUUGUGUGACUACAAGAACGUGAAUCAGGUGGUGAAUAUGGUAGAGCAGGUGAACGAAACAGUCCAGAAGGUGUUUGUGUACAACGCUGUGAAGCUGCAGCUGAGUGAAGCUGUGUGUGUCAGUGUUAUGGUGAACAAUGUGGCCGACGUGGUGGUGGUGAAGGGCGAGGAACACCCCUGUGACCGUCACCUUACAUUCUCAGCUACUAACUCAACCUUGAACAGACUGCCCAGCCAGGUGGAUCACGUUCAUCUGGAAGACACUAACAUCACCUCGCUGGCUAUCAGAGUCAACAUCACACAACUCAACGUAAUCAACUCCAUCAUCAAAGUCCUCGACAUUUCCAGCUUUUUCUCCACAGUUAACUUUGUCUCAACUCACAUAGACACUUUCCAGAGGCUACACGUGACAUAUGGCUCAGAACUUCUGUUGCAAAGGACAAAAGUUGACGUAUUGUCUCCUCAGGCUGUAGUAAUAGACGGGGGAAACCUGGUGAUGAGAAACUCCUCUGCAAUCACAGUAGCGGAGGAAAGUGUUGUCAUGUAUCCAGGAUCUAAACUCAAUCUAGAACAAUUCUCAGGCAACUUGAGGGUGAAGGCCAUGGGGCGUGUUGGUGCCACGAGUCAGACAACACCAUGUUCUACAAGACGCCCCUGUAACUGUGAGACAGCGACCAGUUAUCUGGGUGCGUUUGUAACUUGCUUACUGCUACUGAUUGUCUCAGUUAUCAUAAAUAUAUUGGGUGUUGUCUACGUGAAACGCAUCUAUUUACAACACGACAAUCACAAGACGGAGGAAAGACAACACAGCCAGCUGGGACCUCAGUCUUGUGUUAAAUAUAGCAAGGGGGAAGAAACACAACUGUUACCACAACAGUCAUCAUCAGACAGUCUCCAGACGUACAAAGACAGUCUGUUACAGUUACUCAAAGAUUUUGAGGAUAAACGGCAAAGAGUAAAAUCCAAACAUGAAUCAUUUAUCUCAGAGUUGAAUAACGCAAACGAAGCUGAGAUGAACGACAAGAAAGAUAAAGCAGACGAAAACUUGGACGAAAAUAUAAAGUUGAAAGAAAAAAAGAUUUUAGACUUGGAGGAAGAGCUAAUAGCUAUUGAUGCUUCAGGAAAAUACGCCGCCAUUAAGAAGACCCUCGUGGAAGCUAAAAAAGAACUCAUAGAUGCACUGAAGGAGAACGUCAAAGUCAGUAAAGUAAUAUACCCAGAUUCUCAAAAAUUAGUUAAAAGAAAGAAAGUUUGGAGUGAGAAUGAUCAGUGGCUCAAGAAUAUGGCAGAAAUAAGCCAAGAUUGGUUAACACGUUGGAGUGAAACUCGUACAUCUCAUGAUGAAAUUACUACUCGGUUAUCACCUCUUGAGAAGUUAUUUAUAAUUACCGGUGACUUGUUGAGUCGCGAGGUUAAAAGCGUGUUAAGAAAGUAUGAAAGUGAGCGUGUACAGACGGAGGUUAAUAUUAAGAAUAUAUCAGAAGAAGAUGAGAUGUUAAAGGAAAGUGAAAAGUCUAAGUACUUGACAGAGAAUGAGAAAUUACAAACACGUCUUAAACAAUAUAUGAAUGGUCGAAAAAACCCGGAUGAAAAAGAAAUUGAUAUAGUUUUUAAAAAUUGUUUCACACGGUGUGAAUGCCUCAAGGUUAAUCUUGAAACAAAGUUACUACAAUUAAUUGAGGCUCGCUCUGCAGCUGGUGAUAAGUUGAGUCACCAGGAAGCUCUUGUGAGUAUUCAAGAGAAACACCUGGCAGACAUGGAGACAAUAAUGAACAACAUAUUGGCAGUUCAGAAUUCGUAUAUUUUCUUACUGGAUCAGAUACUUGACUGACAGACACAGAAGAAAGAACAAGACAAGUGUAAAGCUCAAGACGAAACUAUAGACAACAGCGCAUCUGGUGGAUUAUGUGGACGGCAUAGGGUGGCAAAAGAACCCCAGGUUUGUCGGAGUCCCCAAAGACCCCCACGAGGACUGGGAGUCAUCUCAGCCCAAAAUUUCACACCUGCUGAAUAAACAUUUUGACCUUACUGAAGUCAUGUUUGACCGUGUUCAACACGUCGGUAAAUCAAACUCCUCCCGCCCCCGUGACAUCAUACCGAAAUUCUCUUCCCCCUCUGUCCGUGACUGUUUUAUCAGCGCACUAAGCCGGAAGACACUACAAUCUUCGUCAACGAGGACCUAUGCCCAGGCACGACUAAAGCCCGCCAAAUGCAAAUGGACAAAUUUAAAGAAGCCAGGAGACAAGGGAAACACGUGACGUUCCGUCAUAAAACCCUUGUUGUGAGGGGCUCUAGGGCAAGUGGAUACACCCCCACUCAUCCACCAUCAGGCCGACAAGAACCUCCUCCCCCCCGGAGAGGGAACCAGCCACUGCCCGCACUCUGACUAUGACCUGUGGAGUUUCCCUCCUGCCGGGCAACUUGGGUACUACACGUCAACCCUCUGCGGGGGGAAACAACAGCCCACAUAACAAGGUGACAGGCGCCACCUUUCACUCUUACUGGGAGUCACCAUUACACUUUGUUGGUUGUAGCACUUGUGAGAAUGUUACCCCCCACAAUAAUAACUUUUUUUACCUUCCCUUCUCACACCUUAGUGACUCUUGAGUUUUUGCUGUUCCUCAAUCAGUACCAAUAUUCCCACAGUGAUGACGCUACUGUUGUUCCCCUGGAUGUGCUGAACCAUAUGUGUUACACCCCCUUUACCAAUGGUGUCGACACAAUACUCCUUCAUACUGACCCAGAUGCCUUACUACAAAACUCACUGGGUUACACCAACCCCAAUUGUUACUAUUACUUUCCUGAUUCUCCCGAGUUUACCUCUAGUCUUCUACUGUCUCAUUCCUUCUCCUUAAUUAGCCAUAACAUUAGCAGUAUUCCCCCUCACUUAGAUACCUUUAUAUGUCAGUGUACAUAUUCCAUUGCCCACAAAUUUGAUGUACCUGGUUUCUGUGAGACCAAACUCACUAACGAUAUUGAACAUUUGUAUAGCUUCC